AUGGAUUCUACAUCAAAACGACGACCAUACCGCUCCCACAAGUUCCCCGCCUGCGAUAGGUGCCGUCGCUUUAAAAGGCGAUGCACUGGUGGCAAUCCAGAGGAGCCCUGCGUUUUGUGCAGUCUCCAGAACAUCCCAUGCCAGUUUUCAUUCAUUCCAAAGACCAAUUCUGCAUCUCGUCGCGCCUCGAAACGUCAAGAUCCCGCAUCAGCCCACAGGCAGCAACCAAUUCUUCAGAAAAGUCUUCCCAAGGUCACUCGCGAGUCUCCUCCAGCCAACGACGUGGAUUCUGGUCGAAAUGGCAUUGCGUCUGAAUACCACGCAUCCCCUGAUGCUAGAAACACACGGGAUAUAUCAUCCAUGGUUGUCAGUCCAGUGAUCACUGAAGACAUCCAGAUCCUCGAACAGUACAUGUCUUCCAGGCCCAGUUCCAUGUCCGUUGAAGCGGAUCAACGCAGUACUGCUACUCCUGGAAAGUCCGUGGCGUAUCUCAAAGUCCCACGGGGAAGGAAGGGACUGGCAAUUGCGGAGAAUCCAGGGAAACGCCAGAAAGAGAUUCUAUGGCAAAUUAUGCGGCCAUAUGCGAACGAACUGGUCAGACUAUACUUCCUCGAAGUUCAUCCAGCAUUUCCGAUACUCGAUGAACAGUCAUUUUUAGAACUCUACGAACAUGGCAGUGAUAAAAUCUCACCAGCUCUUGCCUGCGAAUUUUUUGCUCUAACUUUAACUCUAUGGGAUCACUCGGAUAUCCUAAAGCCUUUUCCCAAACCAGAUCCCGAGUUUAUUUGGAAUUUGGCGGUAGAAGCCCUGCAGCAGGAUUUCUUAGCACCCGGAUUAUCAACAGUUUAUGCUGUUGUCUUGGAUAUGGUGGGGCGUCCUAUAUUUUCUGUGCUAGGAAAUACAAUCAACAACGCAAGGACAGUGGCUCUAGCUCAGAGUUUGGGACUAAACAGAGACCCGACGCACUGGAAACGGUCAGAAAAUGAAAAGGCCCUUCGUAUUCGACUGUGGUGGGCAACAUUGAUUCAUGACCGGUGGUCAAGCUUUUCCCAUGGCAUUCCUCCAAGCAUCACCAGCAAGCAAUACGACGUUCGAGUUCCGGUUCUUGGAGAUCUUGUCACAAAAGACAGUCAAUCUGAAAAGCGCAUCCAAACUUCGGAAUGUUUCAUUCAUCUCUGUACUCUGUCUGUCAUUCUUGGAGACGUACUCCCCCUGGUGUACGAUUUGAAAAUCGACCAGCAGGAUAUUUGGAGACAGAUCAGCUGUUUAGAAUCCAAUCUAGACGAAUGGGAGAGCAGUCUCCCUAUAUACCUUCAGGGAACGAAUGCAGGAUACCCAACAACAGUAUCUGGCUCAAGCAGUUUACGUGUCGGCUAUUUAUCCGUCCGCUUAUUACUAUGUCGAAUUGCUUUGCAUGCUGCAAGUAUAUCAGGCAAUUUAGAUCGCAUUGAAAGCACACAGCAUCACCUUUCGCGGCUACGAAAGUCAGCACAAGCUAUCGUCGACUAUGUUUGUUCUUUGACAAAAGCUCAACUGCAAGAAUUCUGGCUUCCAUACACAGCACAUCAUCUCAUCCUGACGGUUAUCAUUCUAUUACGCUGCACCAUUGAGUCAGUAGACAAGAAUGUGGCCGAGUCUUGUAAAUUGAGUCUCCGCAAGUUCUGGGUCAAGCUCCAAGAUGCAGCUGAGAAUGAUGGAUGGGAUCUAGCGAGUAUAUGCAUUUCGCGAUGUGUUGGAUUCGUUUCGAAGAUAUUGGAUGCCUCUUCAGACUCGCAAAAGAACAACAAUAACCAUACGAUAGAAAACCAACCAACCAACACUACUCCAUUGAAUCCCCAAGCUUAUCAGGCUGGCAUACAUGACAAUAUCCCCGAUUUAACAGGGUUGGUGCCUGAUAUACUUCCGUUUUCGAACCCUGAUCUGUCGUUUGAGAAUCAAUGGGGGUCAUUAUGGGAUGGGCUGGGAUGGAUGGGAGUGGAUGAUCUAUCAUCAUAUGAGUUCAACGAUGGGCAAUUCAACCUAGAAGGCCCAAUUUAA